AUGGCGGAGGCAGAAGCUCGCAAGCAGAUGAUGGAGGCGGCACUUCUUCUUCAGAAGGAAUUCAAGAACCCCGAACCAGAUCCUUUCCGCAGGAAAAAGGGGCUCAACGCAGCUUCUAGAAAUCGGACUGUACCGAAGCAUCCUGUGGUUCCCAGCAUCCCCGUCCUUGCUAACCGAGCGCCUGCCAAAAUCCCAGGCUUAACACCAUCCGGUCGCACUCCCAAUCACUUCAUAACUCCGACCGUGCCAUGCGCGAGUAUUGCGCAUCCCCGUAUGCCGUCGGCCACUAGCCUCACAUCCGCGAACAAUCCCGUGUCCUCUGUCUUCAGAGGCCCCUCGCCAGGCAUGCGAGACAAUAAGGCCCAAGAUUGGCUCUGCAACAAGGAUACAUCGAUCAAGAUUAGCCAGAACAAAUACCCUCCUAUUCACAGUGCCGAUGCUCAACCUAAGCUGUUUAGUCCUUCGACCACAACGGCUCUGGCAGACAUCUCCAACGCCCUCACUUCCGACAUUACCUUAUCUCAAGACCAGCCGUUGCCCCACGGAUCCCAGGGAUGCAAGGUCGAUGUCCGGGACAACGAAAAAGCUCAUGGGAUUGACCAGGUCAAACACUUUCCAAUCAAGGUUGGCCCGAAUUAUGCAGACGAUCUUAUGGAUCUUGAUGAUGAGUUUGUGCCUGUGCGCAAUCGGUCUGUCCCAAACCCAGAAGACCUGCUUGACCUUGACGCUCCAAUCGCUCAACAGAACACCCAAAGUGUCGGUGGCGAUACGGCCUUCGAUUUGUUCAGUCUCUUGAUGGAAGGUAUUGAGCAAGGCAAACCAAUGCGCUUAGGUGACGCCCUGGAACGCGUCAAUCUGGGCAUCGACAAACCCAGGCACGAAAGCCCAGAGGACAAUAACGAAUUCCAGCCUGCUCGCUUCAUCGCUGCCAUCGAAGGGUUUGUCAAAGGCGAGUCAUCACAAGAAACUGUCCAGUCGCUCCUUGACUCAGCCGUGGAUGCUCUGCCGGCGCUGAGAGAAUUACAGGCUCUCAGCCCACAGAAACGCUGCGAGUGCCGGUCGCCUAAGUUCAAGGCAGUGUACGGCUUAUCUGCUUCCAAGUACAACGACAAUCGAGGCGAAGAUACAGCAGCUGAUGCUCAAGACGCCUUGUUCCGGUACGUCAUCGCAUCCGCCCAGCAAGGAGCGACCCGCCAGGCUGCUCUCCAAGUCCUCCUCUGGUACCAUGACGUCGAGUGCUCUGAUAUUCAACUUGCUGCCCAGGCUUAUCCUAUCCUUUUUGGCGCCUGCCCCGCCACUGCCGAGUCCGCAGAUGCCGACCCCGACGGUGGACUUAUUGUUGUGAAGGCCAACCGAGAUGAUGGCCAUGUCGAUAAGGACCUGGAUGACGAGCUCUUGAGAGAAUGUGACGGCGACAGCCCCAAAAAGAAGUCUGUCCGAAAGCGUGAUUGGAAGGAAGCCAAGCAGGGUCGCGUCGGAGACAUCAAUAGGCAUGGGUAUGAUCAGGGUUUCGGAUACAACAACGUUAUCUUGGGUUAUGGCCAGGAGACACAAGAUCGCACUGCUGAUGGUCAGCAAUGCAACAACUUCGACCACAGUCAAGUCGAACUGUCGGGCUCAUACAUGGGAGUGGACCACAAGGUUGCUCCUGCAGUCAAGAAGGGACUGUCCUCUUCUCGAUGGGCUUGA